AUGGCUUACAAUUUUGACCCUCACAGCGGUGAGGCUGAAUUGAUUAUGGAUCUUACGAAAUGGGAUAGGAGCGAAUGGAGGAAACCAGAGGGUGUGGCAGAUACAAUAAGGGGAUGUUACUAUAUUUGUCAUGCCACAUUUCCAAGUUUUCAGACUGUCCGAGUUGGAAAUGUCCAUAUUUUUGAAUGUGAAGGCUAUGGGUGGAAAAUGGAUAUGUUGGACUUGAAAAUGUUUGGCAAGAUUUCCGAGGAAAGUCAUGGCUCCUUUCCCUCGCACAUUCGACAAACAAGGUUUUUCCACACGCCCUCCAUGUUGAAUAUUGUGGUCUCCAUGACCAAGAAACUUGUGCCCAAUGAGCUAUCGGAUAGUUUCAAAGUAGGAUGUCAAUUUGCUGGAGGAAGACUGAACCAAUUCUAUAUGCUUCCAACCCCCCAAGUCGCAACGGAGAGAGCUGUUGCCAACCUUAGUGAGGGUCUGAGGAUUCGUUAUGAAUGUGAACAGCGAUUCUCUCUGGACGACGACGACGACGACGACGAGUAA